UUCGCCAUUGGAAAUACACUUUUAAAUAAUCACUCGACAACGAGUCUGUAAUGAGCGGCAGCGAUGGGCAGCAUUGCUCUUUCGUCCUCCUUGCCGAAUUCAAUAUCGACCGGGGAGCGCAAUUGACUUACCAGUUCCCCCAACCGCUCGGAACGGAUGAGGGACUUCUCGCCAACUUGAUGUUGCCUGAUGGCGCCGAGAAGCAGCUCGAAGACUGGACGAUAUUCUUCCUCAACCAAACUCCCUUCAACACUAUCGCACCUGUUCUCGCCCUCGAGAAGCCGUCUGCAAACGAGGAUGUGGAUAAGCCAGAGCUGUUGUACGUGCUUAAUUUAGUGAGGACGAAGCACGACAAGACCGUCCGGAGAGGUGCUGUUGUGAAAGCCAUGGCCGUGUGCACCAGAUACCCUUUCAUUCAGAUAUUUAAGCCUGUCCUUUUACUGGCGCUAGACGCCUAUUUCUCCAAUCCAUCACAGGACUGUCUCGCGCGCCUCUUCGAUUCUAUCAACUCGAUGGACAUAUCCGCCGCACCCACAUUCCACCGGUUCGAGAAACUCGUCAUGCGUAACUCGGAGCGGAAAGACGUCUUUGCAGAAAAGUUCGUCCCACCGAAGCCGUCCCCCAACCCCUCGCACAACUCGCAAGCCAAGGGCCUUCACGCACCAAAAGCAUCAGUCGACUCGCGGUCCAGCUUCGAAGAAGGCAUCAUCAUGCGAACAGGCGGGAAUUCGAAGGAACAACAGCAGCCUUCCCAAGCUCAAGGCAGGGAGCGAUCGGGUACUCAAGCGAGCACGAAGAGCUCGCAUUAUUCCGUCGUGCCGUCGGAGGAUUCGUUCUCGCUUGGCGGGAAGGCGGUCUGGGUUGGAGAAGAAAGUGGGUUGGUGGAUCAGGAGAGUGUGAGCAAUGGGAGCGUAGGGACGGCGGUUGGAUUAGGACGAGGCCGGCGGUCUACGGAUGCUUCGAGCUCAUCGUCGCAUCAUACGAGGAAGGAAGACUACGUGAACUAUCAUGGCUCUAUUGGCAGUAUGGCGACCCCCAUGGCGAAUGGGAGUUCAUCAGACACACAUCUGAGGCCGGCCUACGCCAAGGAUACGCAUUUUUUCCACACAGUCAUUGACUACGAGGGGCACCAGUUGCCGAUCAAGAUGCCACUUUCGACGUUCCCGGAGGAGGUUGGCGAUUAUUCCCUCAUUCAACUCAUUCAAACCUUCUCCAGUCCCGCUUCAACGCUGUCAGGACCCCUCCAUCCACAUCUUCACACAAAUGGACCAGCAACGCAUCCGAUCAUGAUCUUGUUCAAUGCCCUUGUCACAGGCAAACGGAUCAUUUUCUUGGGGUAUCAACGACCCGCUGGGCAAGUCUCCAGUUACGUCCUGUCCGCAUGUGCUUUGGGCUCCGGCUGUGGUACCAUAUUCAGAGGGUUCAUCGAGCGCGCUUUCCCUUAUGCCAACCUGACGAACAGAGAGGAGUGGGAGUCAAUACCAGCGUAUAUCGCGGGUGUGACGAAUCCUAUCUUCGAGACAUCAGGCUCUUGGGACUUGUUAUGCGACGUCGGGACGGGUAGAGUCGUGGUAUCGAAAGAUAUUCUGACCGCUCAUCCUCCAUCUGGACCACCUUCUGGUGCUCCGCCGCUGAUCUCGCGGACAGGGACGCUCAAAACAGAGACCUCGAUAGGCAGUGAAGAAGACGCCGGACGAAGGGAACCCAUGCCAGGGCAAGCACAGAGUAACUUCGCUGGGAAGUCGGAUGGAGGGGAUAAUGCCUUCAUCGAAGAUGUCAUUUCCGCCAUCAAUUACCACUUUGGGGAAAGCCUCGUCCGCGCACGAUUCACGGAAUAUCUCAUGCGAUUCAUUCGCUUAGCGUCGCGGUACGAGGAGGACGUACUCGGAAUGACGACGAUUGGGUAUCCGAGCACCGUAUUCAGCGAAGGUCCAGGAGAUAGCUCACAGCUCGGGAGCGGCAUGGUUUUCCUGGACGAGGCUGCUGGUGCGAGGGAGGUGACGGCGAACGCGAGUCGGAUCGAGGGAUGGAGACGAACACAGACGUAUCAUUAUUUCCAGGAGGAUUUCCGAAAAGGUCUGGAAACGAACGCCAUCCAAGGUUUCGAUUUGCUCCACCAACUACACCGACUGCGGCAUGUCAAACAGAUGCAGGAUGGGGAGGCGGAGGCGAUUAUACGGACGAUGGCAGAGAAUAUUCAGACGUACGACCAAGUCGUGGAGCUUCUAGCUGUGCUACCUCCUCACGUUGGUGGUCUACUACCAUUGAGCUUCGGUUUGCUGCAUCAACAAGAGGUCAUCAGGGAGCUGACAGUGGACCUCUUUACCCAUAUACGCAUGUUUCCGAUCGGCGUGCAGUUCUUGCAGUCUCUAAACCACUUCCAGCGGUAUGCGUACGUUCGGCAGGCGCACGCGCGAGAACACCGCGCGAACGGCAUGAAGGAUUCGUCUCUGCCUCUGCCUCCUGUGUCUUUUGGACGAACACCUUCAAAUCUGAGCGAGGCAAGUCUGGGUGGAGGAUGAGAUGUCAGUAGGCUAGUCGGCCGCGUGGCCACUGGACUAUUCUCUACAGUUCUCGGCGCGUACUUGGACCAGCUAUUUUCUUCUCCUUUCCUGUGCUUGGCCUUUCGAUUUUGACGUUUCCCUACUCCUUACUAGUUUAUCUUUAUGCCUGCAUUUCUUUCUGCUGAUCUUUGUGCUAAUACUGGAAGGUGCCCGAAGAAUGAACAACCAAUAGUCACGACGUCUACCUCUACAUGCUUGAUCCUUCUCUCAGCCUGAACAGAGUCCGUCAGAGGUUCUCUUUUAUCAGGGUCUACGGCGUGCCCCACCUCAUGGUCUCCUUUCACCACACUAAUAUCUGCAAAGAUGACAUGCAUCAGUCACAG